AUGUGGUAUGGUGAAGGAAAAUGCAAAGAAGUUCAAAUUGACAAAGUAAAAGGAUGUGGUGAUGUGUUCACUAGUUCCAGUGAUACCUCUCAGUACGAAAUUAAAUUAGAAUUUACAAGUGCUAUGAAACAAAUUAAAAAAGAGAUUGUUCCAGCAGCUCCUGAACAAUUAUAUAUCAAUAGAUGUACUCGUUAUGUACAUCCAACUAAACCAUAUACUUAUGGACAAUACUUAAAAGUAACAUUACCAGCUGGACAAGAAAAUACAUAUAUUUCCAUUGCAAUUGAUAAACAGUAUAAUAGAGAUGAUUUAGUUCUUGCUCAACUUCAAGAACAAAAAGAAGGAAGUGAAUUUGGAAUUAUAAUUCAAGAAGAUUGUAUUAGUGGUACAAAUCUGAGAGACAAAGUUAAUUGUUUAUAUAGAAAUGGAGGAUUAAGUGAAUACAUUUUAUCUCCCAGGGUUGUUACUUGGAUGAAUGCUGACUCAACUCAAUAUAUCUUUGUUCAUAAAAAAUAUGCAUCAUCUCCAAUGACUAAAUUUCAAAUUUUCUUUACUAAAGUUAAACACCCCUGUUCUAAUAAUUAUUAUGACAUUGAUUGGAAUGAUAUUGCUGGUGAUGGAUAUUCAAGGAUAGUUAAUUUAGAACAUACUCUUAACUCUCGUUCUAUUUGUUCUAAAGAUCUUAUUAAAGGAUUUUGGUUUAGAAUUAAAGGUGCUGAACAAACAAUUGUUAUUUCUACUUGUCAAUCAGAAAAUUAUGACGUUUCUUUAGAUCUUCUACAAACUAAGACUGAUACUUCUACUGCUGAAGCAGGAUCAAUUAAUUGUGAAUCACCUGAUUCUGUUGAAUGUGUUAAGUCACGUUCAGAUGGAUGUGGAACUAAUUCUAAAUUAGCUAAAAUGGUUGUUACUUUAUCUGAAGACAAUACUUAUUACUUGUUUCUUGGAAUAAAUGAAGAGUAUUCUGCAGAAGUACUUUUAACAGUUAACACUACUUGUCCUUUAAGUUGUGGUGAAAAUGGAAUUUGUUCUGCUUAUUCUGGUAGAUGUGAAUGUAAACCUGGAUUUGUUUUUAAAGACGAUGGAUGUACAGAAUGUGGUAAUGGUGUUGUUGAUGCUAAUGAAGAUUGUGAUUUGUCUUCAGGUGUUAAUGAUACACAGUGUACUGAUUUGCUAUUAUUCUUCAGAUUAACUAAAAAGAUAAAACAAGAAAUAGAAGAUGAAAAGAUGACAAUAUUUGAAAAUACUGUUAUUCCAUUUGAUAAAACAAAUUCACAAUUUAUUGAUAUUAAAACUAAAAAUGACUAUUUCUCAUUCUCUUCUAAUGUUAUUGAAUUCCCUGAUUUAAGACCUGAAAUUAAUGAUCCAGUUGAAACUAAAAUUGUAUUAACUAAUAACUGGAAACAACCAUUACAUUUUACUUUCCAUUCUGGUGAUUAUACUAAAUAUGAAAUCAUGUGUAAACCAUUUACUGGUACUAUUAGACCUGGUGAUUAUGUUGAAUUAAAUAUUACUUUUAUGGCUAAAUGUACUACAUUAUUAAAUGAAAAAGUACCAAUUACUUUAAGAUAUGGUCAAUUAGGAAAUAUUUUAAAAGAUAUUAAAAGAGAAAAUCCUGAUUUAAUUGCUCAAAAUUCUCAAUCAAGUCAAAACAGUGAAAGUGAAGGUGGUCGUUCUCUUUCAUCAAAUAAUAAUGCUAAUUCUUCUUCUAAACAAUUAUCUUCUAAUGGACAAAAAUCUCAUCCAUCAAACUUCUACAAAAAAGAAGAAAAAAGGAAAAUCUAA